CCUAGGAUAAUUAAUACGCCGACGUUUAACAAUACAACAUCGGAUGUGGUAUUCUGAGAAAAUAAACGAUCAAAAUGGUUCGAAUUCUGUUCCUUCAUCCUGAUUUGGGUAUAGGCGGCGCCGAGCGUCUUGUGGUCGAUGCUGCACUGGCCUUAAGACUGCGCGGACAUGAUGUCAGUUUCCUGACAAAUCAUCAUGAUCCUGGUCACUGCUUCAAGGAGACAAUAGAUGGUAGUUUGCAGGUGAAGGUCGUUGGUGAUUGGAUACCCAGAAAGAUUUUUGGGCGUUUCUACGCUUUUUGUGCAUAUUUUCGUAUGUUGUAUGCGGCUUUCUUUGCUUCCUUUUACUUAAGCAACAAGGAGCAGUACGAUGUGAUAUUUUGUGAUCAGAUUUCAAUAGGCAUUCCAAUUUUGCGAAUGGCCAGAGGCCGUCCCAAGAUAGUUUUCUACUGUCAUUUCCCCGAUCAGUUGUUAAGCGCUGAAGGUGGUUGCUUAAAAAAAUUAUAUCGGGCUCCAUUGAACUUUUUGGAAGAGCUUACCGUGGGACUGUCAGACGUUACAUUGGUAAAUUCAAAAUUUACACUACGUGUCUUCCAGGAAACAUUCCGACGACUAAAUCUGGUGCCUGAUGUUUUAUAUCCAUCUCUGAAUACCAAAUAUUUUGAUGAUAUGCAGCAUAAAAUGCUCUCGAACGAAGCUGAAUUUAUGGCAUCUUCGCCAGUGGAUUUGCCAAGAAAUUCCUUUGUGUUUCUCGAUAUAAAUCGAUACGAACGCAAAAAGAAUCAUCCUUUGGCUUUAAAAGCCUUUUGCCAAUUGAGUAAAACUUUAAGUGUUAGUGACUGGAAACGCUGUCGCCUUAUUGUUGCCGGAGGUUAUGAUACUAGAGUGCAGGAAAAUGUUGAACAUUACACAGAACUGGAUGAACUCGUUAAGGAAAAGCAGCUGCAGGACAAUGUAGUGCUACUGAGAUCGCCUUCGGACGAUGAAAAAUUUAUGCUUUUGCAUAUGGCCCAUUGUCUUCUUUACACACCCGCAAACGAACACUUUGGUAUUGUUCCUUUGGAAGGCAUGUAUAUGUCCAAGCCUGUGAUAGCGGUCAACUCUGGAGGACCAACAGAGACAAUUGUACACAACUCAACCGGUUUCUUGUGUGAACCCAAGGAAGAAGCAUUCUCUUUGGCCAUGGCCAAUGUACUUAAGGAUGAUCGCUUGCGUGAACGUAUGGGUGUUAUGGGCCAUAAACGUGUUCAACAAAAAUUUUCAUUUGAGGCGUUUGCUCAAAAGCUGGACGACCUUGUAAAAAAUGUUACCAAAAACAAAAUUAGUCCUAAGAAAGAUAAGUAGAAUGUUGUAUUUAAAGUUUGCAUUGGCAAAAAUAAAGUGUGCAUAUAUUGCUAAUGAAUCAUCUACACAAAUUCCUCCUCCCAGAUGAAAUGUUAAAUGAGUGGCAGGUGAAUUUUUCACUUUUCAAAUUACUAAUGCAUUUCCUAUUUUAAUUCCUCAACUCAUAAACAUUAUCGUUGUUGAUGAUUCAUUCCCCUAUAAUGAAAAUAUUAAA